AUGCAUACAUACCUACCAAAAACGUUCAUCUAUCUUAAACCGUCGCCCUUGUACGUCGCCCUAAACACCCAGGCCCGUCGAGACAAGCAGCAAAACACCCCUCGAGUGUCCAGAGUCCCCAUUACCCGCCGAACACCGGCGACCGAGCUCCCCCCCGGCGGCCUGUGCCCCACCCGUCCCAAGCUGCAACGCGCCUCAAAUCCGGACGCCCAUGGCGAGACCACGCCGACCAAUAACGUCAACCCGGCCAGGCGGUCACCCACCCUCCCCCAACUCUCGGGAGGCAACACAAUCGUCAGCGGAAUGGCCACCAAGACAGCUACAAAACAACGGUCACGACGUCUUGAGUGUCUUUGUCGACCGUAGGGACACGGCAACAAGAGAAGAUGGGAAAACUUCCCAACACAAACGCGUGCUACCGUCAUCAAGUAAGGUACCACACCGUACCUACCUAGGUAGAAAGGUAGUCCGCCAGCAACGCGACACAGACCGCUCACUUCCUCCCUCCCCGCCCCGGGCCACGUGAAUCUCGUCAUCUUCAACAACCAGCCGGCGGUGCACGACAGCUCAGGCCUAACCUACAAUUCCUUCCCGUGUCUGCAGCCGGAGCGUCUCCCAAGGACCAGACGUAAACAAGAGGAUAAGCGAAACCGCGUCUCGACUCCACCCCGAAACCCCCGUCACCCCAACGUCCCUGGGGCGCGCCUUUCUCCCCUUUUGCCUCGAGAUCCUCCCGUCCUUUAUUUUUUUCAUUUCCCCCGUCAGGGGAGCCGUCAAACGAAAUGUCGUCCCUUAAUGAUGUACGGUGUGCCCAAUGUCCCAGCUCCUCGGGACCACCGCCUGGAAUCAAAUACGCGCCCCCCGCCCUGAGAGAUUCGUUCGAGCGAGAACGCGGAUCUUGCUCACGCCAGCUCGCGUCCAAGUUCACACUCUCGCAUCCUCCCUCAAGCCUCAUCUU